UCAGGUACGGCUGUGAAAGCAUGCUGUAAUACAGGGGAUCUCUCGAUGUGGACAUAAUGGAUUUAUUCAAGAAAGGAAAGGCGAAAGAUUCAGACCCCGACAAGGCAAAAAAGGGGCUGUUCUCUGGGCUACACCUCAAGAAAAAGAAGAAAGGCGACAAGGGAUUAACGAUCGCAAACAAGGGUGCACACGGGGAUGACACGGACAGCCUUCAUGGCGAUGGCACAGGAAAUGAAAUUGGGGGCAGCAAUGAGAACUUACUCAGUGACCUGUCUACCUCAAGCACUUCACUGUCGAUGGGGAUGCAGAAAAAAAGAGCAAAGCUGAUCGCCAAGAUUCAUGAAGGAGAGACACGAAUUCAAACCUACCAGAUUGCCAUAACGAUCACAGAAGCCAGGCAGCUGAUUGGUGAAAACAUCGAUCCUAUUGUGUUUAUAGAAAUCGGUGAUGAAAAGAAACAGACAACAGUUAAAGAAGGAACUAAUGCCCCAUUUUACAAUGAGUAUUUUGUCUUUGAUUUUAUUGGACCCCAAGAACAGCUUUUUGACAAAAUUAUCAAACUGUCUGUUAUGCACCAUAAGUUAAUAGGAAGUAUCCUAAUUGGCUCUUUCAGACUUGACUUGGGAACUGUUUACAAUGAGCCAGGUCACCAGUUCUCUGACAAAUGGGCCGUCCUCACAGACCCUGCCGACAUUAGAACGGGCACAAAAGGAUAUCUAAAAUGUGACAUUAGUGUUGCCGGAAAAGGUGACAGCGUGCAAUCGUCCCAAAAAAUAAGUGAUGCAGAAGAACAAAUCGAAAAGAACUUGCUGAUACCAAAAGGCUUUCCCUCUGAGAGGCCCUGGGCCAGAUUCUACGUUCGGAUCUACAGAGCUGAAGGUCUCCCAAAAAUGAACUCAAGCCUCAUGGCAAAUGUCACCAAAGCUUUUAUUGGUGAUAGCAAGGACCUUGUAGAUCCUUAUGUGGUCGUCAUGUUCGCAGGUCAAAUGGGUAAAACCACAGCACAGAAGAGCUGUGCUGAUCCAGUAUGGCAUGAACAGAUCAUAUUCAAGGAAAUGUUUCCUCCUUUGUGCCGAAGAGUAAAAAUUCAAGUCUGGGAUGAGGGUAGCAUGAAUGAUGUGGCACUGGCAACGCAUUUCAUAGACUUGAAGCAGAUUUCUGAUGAGCAAGAUGGAGACAAAGGAUUUCUUCCGACCUUUGGACCUGCCUGGAUUAACCUUUAUGGUUCCCCUCGAAACACUACUUUGAUGGAUGAUCAUCAGGAACUCAAUGAGGGCCAUGGAGAAGGGGUGUCCUUUAGAGGGCGUAUCUUAAUUGAAAUUGCUGUUGAGAUUCUGUCAGGAGGGGCACAGGAAUCCAAGUUAUCCAAGAUUCUAAAGGAUAUUAAACUCCCGACUAAAGAUUCAAAGUCAAAAAGCUCAGGAAAAGAGAAAGGAGAGAAGGGAUCAGAUGAAGCUAAGGCACCCGCUGCCACAGAUAAAACUAAUUCCAUCCAGGUCGAAGUGGCAUCCUUUGAUGUACCUAAAGAGAUGCCGGAAGAAAAAUUUGAAGACUUUCUUCUUUUCGGCUCAUUUUACGAAGCAACACUGAUUGAUCGGAAGAUUGGGGAAAAGCCUAUAAGUUUUGAAGUUACUGUUGGCAAUUUUGGCAAUGUCCUGGACGGGGCAUGCCCAUCUGAAAGUAAAAAGGGACAUUCUGCUGUUGAGGAAGAGGAGGAGAGUGCCCCGCUCAUACCAACUGAUGAAGCUGAAGGUCCUGCGCCUGAACUCUCAAUGUCCUUUAGAUCAAUGACUUUGCCAGAGAAACCAAUAAUAACAGAAGGAAACAGGAACUAUCACUAUUUGCCAUUUCAUGAAAAGAAACCUUGUAUCUAUGUGAAAAGUACCUGGGGAGAUCAGACCUUUAGGUUAUACACAUCUAACAUCCUUCUGAAAAUGGCCGAUUAUCUGGAGGAAGGCUUAGAGAAAAUGAGAGAGUUGAUCAAGAUAUCUGAUUUUGCACCAGAAGAAAAGAUGCGAGAAGUUCUAACAGAAUUUAUCAGCCAGAGCAAGAAUUUUAUUUCUGCAUCAGAAAAGAAGGCGAAAAUGCCAAACACAACAGCACUGGACAAGAAGAGAUUGACCCUCUGCAAGCGGGAGCUGGAAACCAUCUCAAACGAAGCAAAGACCAUACUGCAACAAAAGAAAAAGUUGUCUGUAAACGAAAUGACCAAAAAAAUGCAGAGCUUUAUCGAUGAAGUAAAAUUUCUGUCAGAUGAGCCACAGCAUACUAUACCUGAUGUCUUCAUCUGGCUACUCAGCAAUAACAAGCGGGUCGCAUAUGCUCGUAUACCGUCCCGAGACAUCUUGUACUCGCCUGUGCCUGAAGAACAAGGUCAUCACUGCGGGAAGAUAAAAACAGUCUUCUUUAAACUCCCAGGUAAACGGGGACCUGGGUGGAAUAUCCAAGCGAAAGUCGAUGUAUUCUUGUGGCUGGGCUCUAGUAAAUACUCCCAUGCUAUCAUGGAAAACUUGCCAGUGGGAUAUGAAGUGGAAACCGACCCAAGAUCUUCAGGACAUCAUGGAUCACCACCUCCAGGAAACCUGGUCUAUAAAUCAAAGAACACAUUUCAGCUACGAGCUCACAUGUAUCAAGCGAGAGGGCUGAUUGCAGCAGACAAUACAGGGCUUUCUGAUCCAUUUGCAAAAGUGACGUUUGUUUCUCACUGCCAAACCACAAAGAUUAUUAACCAGACACUAUCCCCCACCUGGAACCAGAUGCUGCUCUUUAACAAUAUCACCCUGUACGGGGAACUAAAGGAUAUAGCAGAUGAGCCCCCAAAUAUUGUCAUAGAGUUUUAUGAUGAUGAUGCUUUGGGCAAACCCGAGUAUAUUGGAUCCACAGUUGCACCUCCAACAGUGACUCUAGCUAACAUGCCCUACACUCCAGCAAAACUUGCCUACUAUCCUAUUUUCUCUGGAAAUGUAUCUGGAGGGGACCUUCUUGGUGCAUUUGAAUUAUUGCAGAUACCGGAGACUGGAGAACAGAGUCUUCCUCCAAUCGAGGCCCCUGAUCCCAGUCAGUGCUACUCUGUCCCAGCAGAUAUCCGGCCAGUCCUGAGUAAAUUUAAAAUAGAGGUUUUGUUCUGGGGACUCAGAGAGCUGAAGCGAGUGCAGCUACUGUCUGUCGAUCGGCCCCAGGUUAUGAUAGAAUGUGCUGGGAAAGGAGUCAAAUCAUGUGUCAUCCAGAGCUACAAGCGGAAUCCUAACUUCAGUGUAAUUGGAGACUGGUUUGAGGUGGAAUUGCCUGAGAAUGAGGUUUUACAUCCUCCUCUGAGCAUUUGUGUUGUGGACUGGAGAGCCUUUGGACGCAGCACAUUGGUGGGAACACAUAUGAUCAAUUGCUUAAAGCAGUUUUUGUAUAAACCGACUGUUCCUGACACUCCAGCACUUUUACCACCAGAGGAAGGGGGGGCUCUUGAAGACGCUGGUGUGGCUCAGUAUGACACACCUGAGUCUGGAGAAACAACGGACCACAUCUACGUAGACGUUGACUCCUCUGCAAUCCAAGGUGACAAACCAGCAGCAGGUCCAUCUCAGGAACCUGCUUUAAGCCCUUCUCCUGAACCUAUUCCCAGCCUGUCUCCAAGUCCAGAUCAAGAUGAGGCUUCAGCUGACACAUUGUUGAGCACCAAAACCUCAACAGCAACAUUCAAAUCUCCUUUGAAGAGAGAUUUUAAACAACAGGCCCUUUCAAAACAGGCCCUGGUGAGAGGUGGCACGAGACGAUCCACAAAGAGGAAGAAGAGAACCAUAGCGGAUGAAUCUGCUGAAAAUGUUAUCGACUGGUGGUCAAAAUAUUAUGCAUCCCUGGAAAAAAUGCAAAAGGAAAAGGCAAAAGCUGAAGGAUUGGAGCCAGUUGAUGACACUGCUAAGACAAAGGAACAUGUUGCCUUACAAAUUGAAGACGAUCGUGACAAAAAGAAAAAAGAUGUCAAAAAAGGACAGGAAGUGGUUAAAGUAAAGAAAGAGGAAGGACCAAAACUUGCAACGUUGCAGAUUUAUGACGGAGAGCUCGAGGGUGAAUUUCAUAAUUUUGAAGACUGGGUUAGGACUUUUGAGCUUUUGAGAGGUAAAUCUACGGACGAGGAUAGCAGCGUUCACGAUGAUAGGAUUAUCGGAAAAUUCAAGGGUUGUUUCAAUAUUUACAAGAGCACUGAUGACUCCAGCUCCAUGGACAAUGGCCAGUUACGGAUUCUUCAGGGGAUUCCACAGAAUAACGCUGUUAAAGUACUCAUAAGAGUCUACAUUGUUGCAGGUUUUAACCUCAGCCCAGCGGAUCCAGAUGGUAAAGCAGACCCAUAUAUAGUUUUACGCCUGGGAAAGACUGAAAUAAAGGAUCGGGAUAACUACAUUCCCAAACAGUUAAAUCCGGUGUUUGGAAGUUCAUUUGAAAUACAAGCUACUUUCCCCAACGAGUCUCUGCUAACUGUCUUGAUCUACGACUACGAUAUGAUUGGGUCAGACGACCUCAUCGGUGAGACAAAAAUCGAUUUGGAGAAUCGUUUCUACAGCAGACACCGAGCAACCUGUGCUUUACAAAGUCAAUAUGAAAUUGAAGGAUACAAUGCCUGGCGAGAUUCUACUAAACCCACUGAAAUCCUGACCAAGUUGUGCAAAGACAACAAUUUAAGUGGACCUAUCUUACGCCCUGGUCAAAUACAGAUUGGAAGCAAGAUCUUCACUGGAAAAACCCUGUUUGACCAAGAUGAUGAACAAGUGGAAUCAUAUGAACACCUGGCUCUAAAAGUUCUGCAUUCCUGGGCUGAUAUUCCCGGGGUUGGAUGUAAACUUGUUCCUGAGUACAUUGAAACCCGAUCCUUAUACCACCGAGAUAAAUCUGGUAUUGAACAGGGGAAACUUCAGAUGUGGAUAGAUAUGUUUCCAAAUGAUUUGCCACUUCCUGGGCCUCCUGUUGAUAUCUCACCGCGGAAACCAAAAGGGUAUGAAUUGAGAAUUAUAAUUUGGAACACUGAAGAUGUUCUACUGGAUGACACAAAUAUAAUCACAGGACAAAAAUCUAGUGACAUCUAUGUCAAGGGAUGGUUGAAGGGUAUAGAAGAUGAUACUCAGGAAACAGAUGUUCACUACAAUUCUUUGACAGGCGAAGGAAACUUCAACUGGCGUUUUGUGUAUCCAUUCAAUUAUAUGCCUGCAGAAAAGUUACUGGUGAUCUCUAAACGGGAAAAUAUAUUUUCAUUGGACAAAACAGAACGCAAACUUCCAGCUGUACUUCUUCUCCAAGUAUGGGAUUUUGAUAGACUUUCUGCAGAUGACUUCCUAGGUUCUAUGGAGCUAAAUCUGAAUGGAUUCCAUAGAGGAGCCAAGACUGCCAAGGGCUGUGACUUGGGUAUGACGGGUCCAAUAAGGGACGACAAUAGGAUUUCCAUCUUUCAGCAGAAGCGCAUUCGUGGCUGGUGGCCUUUUGUGAAGUCUGGAGAACUCACCGGUAAAGUGGAAGCCGAAUUUCAUUUGGUUACAGCAGAAGAAGCUGAAAAGAAUCCUGUUGGUCGAGCACGUAAAGAACCAGAACCAUUAGAGAAGCCAAACCGUCCAGACACCUCCUUUUCCUGGUUUAUGAAUCCUUUCAAGUGCCUCUAUUACCUGAUCUGGAGGAAUUACAAGAAAUACAUCAUUAUCGGGCUGGUGUUACUUAUCCUUACUCUCUUCCUGGUUCUGUUCUUUUACACACUGCCCGGGGCCAUCAGCAACAGAAUCAUGAGAAUAUAAAUCCUAUGUAUUGUAUCUGCUGUACAUCAAAAUCAGUCCCAGGAAAACAAAAACAUGAUUAAGACACAGGCUAAUAAAAUAGUAACACAGUGAGCUCUGAAAACAGAUUAGCAUCUAGUUUUCUGCCACGUGCCCUCUUCAAGUUAAACUCAAUCAGAGACGCCCGGAGAAACGGCUGUUGUGCUCCCUUUUGCUGCUCGUUUUCUAUUGAUUGGACAAUUAUCUAUCACAGCAAUUAACUGCAAAUUGUACGAAGGAAAAAACAAAACUGAUUUACAGCUUUUUAUUUUGCAUUUUACUUACUCGAUUUAUUUGCACAGUUUCUUACAAAUAAAACUCACUAUGUAUGUAUUUAAAUAGCACUUGACUAACCAUCACGCAGGAUAAAUUGGCUUGGACUGGAUUUAUUUUUUAUUAUUCCUGCAGUUCUUCUUUUAAAUAUUCUCCUAAUAUAGAAUAUAAAAUUACAUUUUAUAGAAGGGAAGCUGCUCUGCAGAGGUUUCAUGCACAUCUACAGAAUAGGAAAUGCACAAAGAAAAUAUCUAACAUUGCAUUGACAUUGAUUUAAAUAUGCUAUUUUGUUUUUGUCACUAUUUUCCCCAUUAAAAUAUUAUAUAUCUGUGUUUACUUUGUAUUGUUACAUUUUCUUUGUUGAUGAUACUUGCUGGUAUUGGGUCAAUAAAGUCGUGUGCUGUCCAUAC